GGGACGGAGCAUCGGGGCUGGGAAAGGACCAGGGCUCCCAGCAUCGUGCUGGGCAGGGACACAGCAUCCCAGCAUCGGGUUGGGCACAUCCGAUGUCACAAGCAGGAAGAGCGAUGGCGGGGCCGUUCGAGGAGGUGGCCAUCUACUUCUCCCGCGAGGAGUGGGCAGAGCUGUCAGGCUGGCAGCGGCGGCUGUACCGGGAGGUGAUGCUGGACACCUAUGAGAUGGUCGCCUCCCUGGGCUGGGCAGCUGUCAAGCCAGAGAUCAUCUGCAACCUGGAGCAAGGAGAGACACCGUGUGUGCCAGACCAUCCCAGGGCACAGCGCAGACACCAGAGCCCUGUGCCAGGUGCAUCCUGGGUAUCUGCGGGAAGGAGGAGGUCCAGCAGGAGGCACUGUGGGGGGCCAUCGGUUAGCGAGCCAAGCAGGAGCCGGGGAGACCAGUCAGGGCACCCUCACAUCCAUGAUGUGCCAGCCCCUCAGCUGCUGGAGAAGAACUCAUCGACAUUUUCCGAGUGCAGCAAAGGCUUUAGCAUUCGGACUGCGCUGGUCGUCCAUGAGAGGAGCCAUGCAGGCAAGCAGCUCUUCAGCUGCACCAUGUGCAGCAGGAGCUUCAUCAAGAAGGGCAACUUGAUCAAACACCGUUGCAUCCACACCGGUGAGCGCCCCUUUGCAUGCACUAACUGUGGCAAGAGCUUCAGUCAGAAGCACCACCUGAUCAGCCACCAGCGCAUCCACACAGGUGAGCGCCCCUUCACCUGCACUGACUGCGGCAAGAGCUUCAGUCAGAGGCAAAUCCUAACCAGGCACAAGCGCAUCCACACAGGUGAGCGCCCAUUCACUUGCGCUGACUGCGGCAAGAGCUUCAGCUGGAAGCACCAGCUGAUCAGCCACCAGCACAUCCACACCGGUGAGUGGACCUUCAUGUGCGCUGACUGCGGCAAGAGCUUCAGUCAGAAGCACCGGUUGAUCAUCCACCAGCGCAUCCACACAGGUGAGCAGCCCUUCACCUGCACUGACUGCAGCAAGAGCUUCACCUGCAAGCAACACCUGAUCAGCCACCGGCGCAUCCACGCAGGCGAGCGCCCCUUCGCCUGUGCUGACUGCGGCAAGAGCUUCACCUGGAACAGUAACCUGAUCAGGCACCAGCGCAUCCAUACUGGCGAGCGCCCCUUCGCCUGCAUGGAGUGUGACAAGACCUUCAGUCGGAAGCCGCACCUGAUUAGGCACAAGCGCCUCCACACCAGUGCGAAGCACUUUUCCUGUGGCGACUGUGGCAAGAGCUUCAAACGGCAGAGCUCCCUGAUCAGCCACCAGCAUAUCCACUCAGCCGAGUGCCCCUUUGCCUGCAACGACUGCGGCAAGAACUUCACCAGGAAGCAACACCUGAUUAGACACCAGCGCAUCCACACCACUGAGGAAAUCUACAAGUGUGGCAAGUGCAGCAAGAUCUACAGCCAGAAGUCUGCUCUGAAGAGACACCAGCGGGUGCAUUGAGGCCCCCAGGCUGUGCCGCAGGGCAACUGCCAGAAGGAGGGGUGUCUGUCCUCUGCAGCGGCGCAGUUGCAGGACAAGUCCUUACAGUGAAGGGAGCAGCAAGGAGCAGUUAUGGUGAUGCCAUAAGCAGUUACUAUUACAAGACUGGAAUGUUUUGAUUUAAGCUAAAGUAAAUUAAAUUUCAUCUAUGUAAUUGUGGCUUUUGAAAGUUCAGCAGAAUGGCCCUCUUAUAGAAGGGUGUUUUUUUCAAAGAAUGUUUUUCCAGACAUUGUUCAUUCUUUGAAGAUGGUAACAUCUUGUGUCCAGUAUAAUCUGUGCUGAACAGAUGGCAUAAAUGGGUAUGAACUGGAGAGGGGCAGAUUUAGGCUAGACAUAAGGAAGAAUUUUUUCACCGUGAGAGGGGUAAGGCACUGGAACAUGUUGUCCAGGGAGGUUGUGGCUGCCCCAUCCCUGGAGGUGUUCAAGGCCAGGUUGGAUGGGGCCUUGGGCAGGCUGGUCUAGUGGGAUGUGUCCCUGCCCAUGGCAGGGGGAUUGGAACUAGAUGAUCUUUAAGGUCCUUUCCAACCCAAACUAUUCUAUGAUUCCAUGAUUCUGUAUCUCUUCUUCUGUAAUCGCCUCUGUUUGGAGUCUUUCCCUAUCUCAAAGGCAAGGUCAAGCAGAGAGCCGGAGCCAGUUCCAAAUUAGCAAGAGAUUUGACUGUUGUGAAGUUUCAUGAUACCCUUAAAAUUUGUCCUUGGAAAGUAAUCAAAUAUGCAUAAGAUGUCUGGGAAGAUUUGCCCACGUGCGUGUAAAUGGGAAAUAUAAUCUGUAACAGCUCUUGUCUCGCUGCGCAUGGUUGGUGGAGAUAACUUCCUUGUGUUGCCCUGGCCUGAUCAAGGAUGCUUGCUUUCUAAAACUCCACAACGAGUCUUAGAGUGUUUGAUAUGCUGGCAUUUUCAGUAUGAACAGAGGGUGCUGGAGAAGGAGGGUUGGCAAAAAACAUGACUCAGGAAAUGUGGAAUGGAUGUUGAGGGGAAAAAAAAGGUCAGGGCUGAGCAUUCCCCAAGUUGGAAUCAGCCAUCUGCCAUGGAACGUGAUGGCACAGGGCUGUGCCUGGAAGGGCUGCACUGCAUCUGGUGAGCUUUGGGGUCUUCUCCAUGUCCGCUGUCUCCCUGUGGCAUAGGGGCAAGGAGAAACGAGGACUCUGAUCUCCAGACUCGCCCCUUUGCAAGCGUGAGCUAAAGUGGGGCUGUGAUUCUUCUUCCUGUGGUGGCCAGAGUCUUGCUGGAGAAGAGGGUGGGUCCCAUCUGUGCUUCCAUGUGGAGUUGGCAUCACUGGUGUGGGUAGUGGUGCAUUAGUGUGGACAAGGCACAGUUUGGGCAAGUGAGGGGCUUGUGUCAUGUUGUGGAAGUGCCUCUGUGCUGUUCUGUGUUGACAUACAUGCUCAGAGAGGCUGUAGCCUUUCUACCAAGCCCAUUGUCCUCUGCAGCCCUGGUGUUGUGCUGGGUGAGGUUGGAAAGAGCCUUGGGAGAAGAAAGGAAGAGCAGGUGUCUCAGGUUGUGGUGCAGGAGAACUUUAUUGAGGGGAAAAGAAACAAUGAGAAAAGAGCAGCAAGUGGAAGGGGUGGUAGUGAGGGCCCUUAGCAGGGGUAGCAGCCUCUCCAAUGGCUGCCACAAAAGCCCAGGCCUCCCAAGCCAUAGCUGUAGCUGAAGGCCCCGUUGGAGACGGGCACUCCCUGGUAGCUGAGUUCGCUAAUCACUGUUCUCCUUGCACCAGUUCUUCAAUGUCAUGUUCUCCUCUUGAGCACGUGUCCACUUGGCCCCAGCAGCAGCUUUGAAGUGAGAGUGUUAGAGGCCAAAGGCUUGGUGUUGAUGGCGUGUGUCAGGCCAGGCAGAAGAUGUGACCAAAGUGUGGGAGAAGUGUGAUGUUAUCAGUGAAGGCAUCAAGUGGCGCUCGUGUGGUGUGGUUUGCAGGUGCAUUGUGAAGAGGUGACCCAAUUUCUUGGCAUCCAGAUCCAGCACUCUGGGAGCAGGGGGGAGAAGAAGGUGGUGAGUAGUCAUCAAUGUGUAUUUACAAAGAAGACAUCAUCCUUGAUGAGCCUCUGUGCCUUCUACAUUGAAGUGACAAACUAUGUGGUUGAGAAUACAGCUGAGGCUGGUGUUUCCCUUGAGUUUUGUGCAAAAAAACUUUGAUGAUUUCUCUCCUUGCAUCCUCCAUAACUGGCUAAAAAAGUAUAUAUGUGUAUGUGGAGAGUGAGAUGGACCGCAAUGUGGUUGAAGGGCUGGCCCAGAGACUUGUGGUGAGUGGCACAAAGCCCUGGUGGAGGCAAGUCUCAGGUCAUGUAGCCCAGGACUGAGAUCUGUGGGACAAACCCUCUCCAACAUCCUCCUCAAUGACCAGGGUUGUGGGAUGCAGUGGCCCCUCAGCACGCUGGCAGAUGUUACCUCUCAUUUGAAAGAGGCUAUCAUUAACAAGGAGUGUUGUGAUAAGAAGAGAGAGAAUAGUUUUAAACUCAAUGAAACUAUAUUUAGCCACCUCCCUCGGUUGCACUGAUGAAACAAAAAGCAUCGUGCCAGGUGCCGACACUGCUUCCUUUCUGCAAUGUUUCGAGCUUUAGGUAAGCUUUGGGGAAGGAGCGGGCAAGUGAUAUGGGCUGAGGUCUCCCUGCAGUGAGCAAAGUAGGCAUUUUGUCGCUUGAUGGGGCAGGGAGGUGACCCAGACACCCAUGGAUAGUUGUUUGCAAGGUGUUGCCUGGGAUGCUACCACUGUUACAAAGAAGCUGCCACCACUGCUACUGGGGAACUGCCACCAAUGCCACCGUGGAUCUGCCAGCACAGCCGUCAGGGAACAGCCACCGCUAUCACCAGGAAGCUGCCACCAUUGACACUAGGGAGCUUCCACCACUGUCAUGGGGGAGCUGCCACCACUGCCACUAGGGAGCUCCUGCACUGUUCUGUUGCCCUCACUUGGGGGUUUAAUGCUGCUUGGGGUGCCCUGCGGGGUCAGAGCUGCCGAGGGAUGCAGAGGCACAGGCACAUCCUGGCCACGGACAUCCUCUUCCCCCUCCCAACAGCACAGGUUGUGAGCAGGGCUCCGCCAGCUGCUGACCGAGGGAGACUUCAACC